GCCAAUAAACCUGAUUCUGAUUCUGAUUCUCACUGUGAUUCUGAUUAACAUACUCAGCAAGAAUCUGUUUAUAUCUGAGCUGUCGAUCAGCCGGUUCAUACCUUCUUCUUUCUCCUGCAUCUUAGGACCAAAUAAAUACAAAAAAAAGCUAAGAUAAAAAUGCAGAUCUUUGUGAAAACCCUUACUGGAAAGACCAUCACCCUUGACGUUGAGCCAAGUGACAUCAUUGAGCUCGUCAAGGCCAAAAUCCAGGACAAAGAAGACAUUCCCCCAGAAGAGCAGAGGCUGCUCUUUGGUGGCAAACAGCUGGAGGAUGGUCGCACCCUGUCUGAGUACAACAUCCAGAAGGAGUCCACCCUCCACCUGGUCCUCCGCCUGAGGGGUGGCAUGCAGAUCUUUGUGAAGAUGCUGACUGGCAAGACAAUCACCUUCGAGAUUGAGUCAAAUGACACCAUUGAGAACAUCAAGGCCAAAAUCCAGGACAAAGAAGACAUCCUUCCAGGUCAGCAGAGGUUGAUAUUUGAUGGACAACAGCUGGAAGAUGGUCACACCCUGUUAGACUACAACAUCCAGAAGGAGUCCACCCUCUACCUUGUCCAACGCCUCAGGGGUGGAUAGUUAGUUUUAUAUUGUGGGGAUGCACCAAGGAGUUUCUGUGUUUGUGUUUUUGUUUUGUUUUUAACUUUACUGUUUUAACUGUUGGUACACAUGUGUGUAAAACAAAGUUUGAGUUACCAAUAAAAUAUGUUUAUUUAUUGAAA